AUGGGGCAGAUCCUGAGCUCCAGAGGAUCGGGGAGGAGUCACGAGCUGUCUAAUCAGACGUACGGGGAGGUCAAUCAGCUCGGCGGGGUGUUUGUAAACGGCCGGCCUCUUCCUAACGCGAUCCGGAUCCGGAUCGUCGAACUGGCGCAGCUCGGAAUCAGGCCUUGCGACAUAAGCCGACAGCUCCGGGUCUCUCAUGGCUGUGUGAGCAAAAUUCUGGCCAGGUACAACGACACCGGCUCCAUUUUACCCGGUGCUAUCGGUGGGAGUAAACCCCGGGUCACGACGCCAAACGUGGUGAAGAGCAUACGGGAUUACAAACAGGGCGAUCCUGGAAUAUUCGCUUGGGAAAUACGCGACAGACUGCUGGCCGACGCAGUGUGUGACAAAUAUAACGUUCCCUCUGUGAGCUCCAUCAGUCGCAUUUUGAGAAACAAGAUUGGGAACCUGUCUCAGCCGAGUCAGUACGACAGCAAACCCUCUCCGCCGCAGAUCUCCUAUAAUCCCGUGUAUCCGUAUUCAUACCCGAACGCCAUGUCCCCGACCGGCUCCAAACUGGGCAGUCCUCCGGCUGUGUCUGUCAGCCUGUCCCGGGCCUGGCCCUCCGUUCACACCGUCAGCAACAUAUUAGGAAUACGGGCUUUCAUGGACCCCGCAGCUAUUGCCGGAACAGAGAGUUACCAGCCGAAAAUGGAGGACUGGACGGGCGUUAACAGACAUUCAUUUCCUUCCGUUCACGGAGUCAACGGCAUCGACAAACCUCCAGUAGAAAGCGACAUUAAGUACACCCAGGUGAACUUUUAA